AUGUCCAGAACAGCCAUAGUGACUGGUGGUUGCCAAGGGAUUGGAUAUGCCAAUGUGCUGCAUCUAUUGUCAAAAGGCUGGAAGGUCGUCGUUGCCAACCGCAGUGAAAAGUCCUGGAAGAGUGUGGCAUCGACCUUUGACCCCGACCGUACAACGUUUAUACCCACCGAUGUAUCAUCAUGGGAGUCUCAGCUCCACAUGUUUCAAGAGGCCUUCAAAUGGUCAGGGGGACGCAUCGACUUGUAUCUUGCCAAUGCAGGAAUUGCCGACAUAGUGUCCCUGGCGCCGGAUAUGGAUCUGAGUCAACCGCCACCGAGACCGGACACCAGUGUUCUGGACAUCAACACCACUAGCGUCAUCUACGGCAUCAGACUCUUCGCAUACUUUACUCGUCUUACACGUAAAAGUCUACAGGCUAGCAACGGAGGAGCUUCCUUUCAUCCCAAGAUGAUCGUUACAGGUUCUAGUGCAUCACUCUACCCAUAUCCGCCUUGCCCAGUCUACUCCACCUCCAAGAGCGCCCUCGAAGGUCUAGUCCGAUCUGUUGCUUCGAGACUAUAUGAGUCGGACGAAAUUGCUCUCAACUUGCUUUGCCCUGGUUUUGUGCCAACCGCCAUGUCGCCCAAGGGCUUGAAGGAGGCAUGGCCUCCUGCGUGGAUUACCCCUGUUAGCACGGUCAAUCGAGGAAUUGACGAGCUGAUCGACCUGGAAGGAAAGGUGAACCAAGAUGGUAAGAGCGAGGGCCAAGAUGGUGUGAUCAAGGUCGGCCAAGUCAUCGAGACUGCCCGAGACAGGGUCUGGUAUCGUGACCAUAUCCCAUUUGCCGACGACAGUCAGCGAUUUUGCAUGGAGCAGGGCUACACAGACGAUGGUCUUUGGCAACGAGCAUUUCGUGGCGAACUUCCAAGUGCAUAG